CGGUUGGGUUUCUGUUGUGAGGGGAGGCGGCGGCGCGAGAAACGGCCAUGAACGGGUUCGGCGUCGGGGCACCCCCGCCCCGGAGUACCGGCGGCGAAACCCUGGAGAAGAUUGACAUGUCGCUGGAUGAUAUAAUUAAACUUAAUAAGAAAGAAGAACGGAAACAGUAUUCCCCCAGAAUGAAGAGAGAGGCUCCGCAGAACGGGACAUGGCAGUUCAGGAUGAGGAGGCCCAAAUGGGGAAUCCAGGAGUACACAGGUUUUGGUAAGAAUCGCUUAGGACGCCGAAGGAGAACAGCUGGGAAGAGGCGCUCUUAUGGUGUUAAGACCGGCUUGGCAGCGAGGAAAGCGUUAGGAUCGCACAAAGGCAUCAGCCCUCUGAACAGACCACCUCUUAGUGAAAAGAACGUUCAGCGGAACUACUCGGUCUUGAAAAGGAAGAUGACCAUCCAGAGGCAGUCUGAGUUGCAGAGGAAGCCAGGAGCCGUUCUCAAGAGGCCGACCCCGCUGAAUGGAAGAACUAAUAUUCAGCCCCCUUCUGCCAGACUUGGAAACAAAUUAUAUCAGCAGAAAGAUUCUCGCCAAGCGACUUUCCUCUUCAGGAGGGGCUUGAAGGUGCAGGCACAAGUACAUCCAGAAGAUGACCCAAACAGUCAGGAUACAAAACGGACUCCUCCGUGGCGAACAUCCACAACGAAUGGAGGCAUUUUGACUGUGUCUAUCGACAAUCCCGGCGCAGUGCCAUCGCCAAGCUCUUUGAAGCCAAGAGUAACUAGCAUUCCGAUGCCUCCCUUCCUUAUGAAGAGGGAUCAGACGGAAGAGAAGAAGAUACCUAAAGGUGUUCCGCUACAGUUUGACAUUAACAGUGUUGGAAAGCAGACAAACAUGACUCUCAACGAACGCUUUGGUAUCCUGAAGGAACAAAGAACAGCCCUCUCUCAGAACAAAGGCAGCCGUUUUGUAACUGUGGGCUAGGGGCCGACAGACAAACGCCCGUAUGUGGAUGGCCUGUCUUUCGAAGGGACUGAA